AAUUUGAUGUUGUGGGAAUGGCUGCUAUCGCUAUAAACACACAUUAAUAAUUCAGUUAUAAAUGUUAAACGAGAUUUCACGAGAUGGACCGAUACGUGUUGGUUAUAUCUAUUUGCCAAACUGCUGAUCACUCGGUGGACAAUUGCAAAUGUUUGGAGCCUCUAACAAAUAUAUAUAACAGACUUGUAGGCAUCUCAUCUAAGGAAUCAUUGAGAGAGAGCUCCUUGUUUCCAGCAUGUUCUCUCAGUGGAAACCCGUCUACUCCGAGGUGGUACUUUGCGGUUCAGGCUAGCCAUGGAGCAAUGCAGUUUUGCAGCUCUGACUGGGAAGAGUUGGGAACAAAUCAUCAGAAAAAUGACACAGAGGAGGAGAACCCUACUUCUGUUGAAGCAUGUAUAACUUCACUGAGUAAUCAGGAGGCAGAAGACCAACAGGAUGUCCAGCCAACACUAACAGAGCUGUUAGAGGAAGCUGCAGAAAGUCUUCAUCUGCUGUCAGACAAGCUGCCACCUCCAGGUAAAGCCUUGCUGGAUGUCUUGGUGCUGGGUUUUACUGAGCAGUCGCCACCAAUUAAAGACCUGCUGCCUCUUCUGGGAGCCCUUAAACACAUGUCCUGCUGGCAUGCUGCAAAGAUCAGUGUAGUCGCACAGCAUGCUAAUGGGUGGCAGAAAGCAGCAUCCUCUCUGUGUGCUGGUCUGGUUGAGCCUGCUGGCUUGUUGGGUUGUAUUGACCACAAGGAGAUAUGGAGGGGGGGCCUGGUUAUCAGAGAGAAGAAGUAUGUAUCAGAACUAUGCUUCGAUGGCUUGUCUCUGCGCCUUCCUGGGCAUCAGGUAUCAGAGUCUAGUCUCUUACAAGCUCCCUACACAGCCACGGAUCACAAAUUACACUCUGAGGUUUUCCAUUACUAUGCACCAGUGCUAGACUUGGUUCAGCUGGUUAAUCUGUCAGACCUGCCCAACUUUGUGAUGUCCAACACUCAGUUUGAACUAGGCCUGUCUGGAAAGUCAGUAAAAGCUCAACUUCUCUUGGACCAGCUGAAGUCCCUCCGUGGAAAGGUUGGAGCUUUGUUCAGCCUGUCUUGUGUAAUCACUCCCAUUGCUCAGCCUGCAGCCAGCCAGCUCAGCUCUCAGUGCUGGAAAAAGACUCUUGCCAGUAGACCAAAGUCCUUGUUGGCGCCCGACGUCGAGGUGAAAGGUGAGAGUGCUCUCUACUUACUGCUGGUCCAGGGUUCCGACAAUGUUUCGUCUGGAGCCUGCAGGGUCAGGAUGCUGCACUCAGAAAGUCAAAUUAAUGGAGCGGCUGCUAUGGCAACCAUCUCCAACUUGCUGAGAGAGAAGCCUCCAUCAUCAGAAUUUGCUGCAGGCAGCAUUCUCCAUCCUCUACCGUGUCUCCAGGGAGACAGUCUGCUGAAGAGGGAGAGAAAGAUGGCCCAGGUUCAGACACUGGUACUCAAAGAAUAUCUCAGACUGAGAGAAGAAGGUUUAGCCUCAAAUUCAGUGUCCCACAAUGACUUGAAGGCCAUUCUGAAUCUGACCAGGGAGAGCUGUCUGAAGAUGUUUGACUCCAAUCUUCCCACUGCUGCCACCUGUCUGAUGAAAGCACACGCUACACAACACUCAGAUGUUCAGCCUAUUUCCCACCUACCAUCCGACUGGCCUGAAAGAAGCGUCCUUCACAACAUAGAAAACCUACAGAGAAGACGACAGAAGAGAAGGUUUGGUCUGCUGGGUCCAGGUUCUAGUGACAGUCUGCUGGGUCCCAAAGACGGCCAAAGGGGCUGCUCUGCUUUACUAGAUGCCAAAGAACUUCUAAAACAUUUCACAUCUGAUGGCUUACCCACUGGGGAUUUACAACCCCUGGCUAUCAACAGAGGUAAUAAUGUGUUUCAGCUGUCACCCGACCUCUCUCCCAGAAGAGCCAGUCAGAUGCCCUUCAGCAAGGCCUCAGCCUCCCAUUACCACGGCAUAGAGUUCUGCCUGGAUAACCAGCACUCCCUAGACCGGGACCAGGCCUUUGCACGGCUCCAGUCCCGUCUGAUUCGCUAUGAAACCCAGACCACCUGCUCCAAGGAGCCCUGUGCCCUCCCCUUUGCUUUAAGUCCUGCCCCCUCUCCUGCUGUGAUGUCAGAACCAGGAAGCGUGCCUGAUGGAGAAACUUUGCAGAACAAUGAUGUGGCACGGCUUAAGCGGAGGUCCUGGGAAACGGAGAUCGCUGGAGGUUAUCCUCGAAAGCGGUUGGCGAAGUCAGAGAGCAGUGACUCCCUGUGUUCACAGAGCAGCGGCAGCAGCGGCACACAUCCUGCCAUUAGAUCUCUACGACAAGAUCCAACCAGGUCCCAGUCCACCUCAUCGUCCACUGGUACCUUUUCAGCCACUAGACGUACAUCAGGUUUGGUGACGCUCCCCUGUCCAGAUGGACCUAAACUGCAGCAGCAGAAGACACAACAAGGAAACUCUGAGGACAAAUCCACCAAAGAGUCUCGCUCCCAGAAACACAACAGGAUGCUGGAGGAGGUCGUAACUAAAACACUCAAACACCAUGGGAUCACAGCAGGGCAUGAGUGCUUUGAGGCCUGCAGCAAAAGAUUGUUUGAUAUCUCAAAAUUCUAUCUCAAGGACCUAAAGACAUCUCGGGGUCUGCAUGAUGAGAUGAAGAAAGCAGCCGGCAGUAACGUUAAACAAGUCAUUGACUGGGUGCUGGAGAAGACCUCAAAGAAAGGAAGAUGAAGAAAAAUGGGGGCAAAAAGGAUUUUUGCCUUGAAAAACCUUCUGUUAUAUUUUAACACAUUCAUGAGAGUGUUUGACGUUUUAAGCCUUUCUGAUUGGCUUUUAAUUAUUUGAAUAAGCUCAUUUUAAUUAACUUAAUCCUUUAUUUGAUUUAGUUUUCAUUUACUUUCCAGGAGAUGGUAUAGCAACGUCCUACUUUAGGCUUGUCUUUGUGUGUGGUUAUGUGCUCAGCCAAGCUCAUGUACUCCCAUUGCUCCAAAGAUUUGUAACACAAAUUUAACAGUACAAGCUGCUCUGGCUGCAGUUGUUAAGAGGCCACGAGAGAUUCAAUGUUGUUACUCCAGUCCUUUUUUUCUUUAAAACAUGUUUUAAUUUUUGAUUUUAAAUUCUUUACCCAGUGUUUAUUUUGUUUAUAAAUACAUUAAAAAUUUUAUGCCUUUGUGCUU